AUGUCGUCGACUUCGGAUUCUCCCGGCGACGAGAUCGUCGUGGAAUCGAAGAACGAAGUCAUUUACAAGACGAAGGAGAUUAAGUUUCUUGGAAGAAAGAAGCGAAUCAUUCUCCAGAAUCAGAACGGACCUUGUCCUUUGAUCGCUAUUUGUAAUGUUCUUAUCUUGAGAGACGAUUUGCAUCCUCAGUUUCGUGAAGUUUCUCAAGAGAUAUUGCUGACUCUUGUGGCCACCACACUGAUCGAUUUCAACACUAACGUUGAUAGAGAAGAUGAUGAAUAUACUGAGAAUAUUUCUGAUGCCAUUAGUCUCUUACCACUCCUUGCAGAUGGAAUCAAUGUCAAUAUAAAAUUCAAGAGGAUUAAUGAUUUUGAGUUUACACCUGAGCUAGCUAUAUUUGAUCUACUUAAUAUUCCCUUGUAUCAUGGAUGGAUCGUUAAUCCCCAGGAUCUUGAAACUGCUACUGCAAUUGGUUGCAAGUCUUAUAAUGCUUUAAUGAGUGCUCUUGUUGCCUUGGAGACGCAGACUGUAAAGUCCCCGAGCAGUCAGAGUUCUGGAGAAUGCUCUGUUGGUUUUGCUGAGGCGACCACUGCAGCUCUACGGAUUCCUUCACCCUGUCGAUCUUUUGCUGUCUCUCCACCUGCAUCUGCAGAGCAUAGUAGAUUGAGAAAGGGAGAUAUUGAAGAGGAAAUAGUGUUGUUGCAAGCCUUGCGAUUAUCAGAAAGGGAAGCGCCUGGUUUGAAAAUCCACAGAGGCUCAAGCAGUGGAGAAGAAUUAGAUGAUAAUGAAAUGUCUAAGGAUGCUGCAGCUGGUUGUACGAGCAAUAUCUGUCAGCAGUCCAAAUCUGAUGAUCAGUUUUCUUCUACGAAAUCAAAAGAUGGGAAUGAGAUCAAUGUGGGGGAAAAGACUAAUCUGGAGUCAACCAAAAUUGACAGCAGUUCUGAGAUCAAGUCUGAAGAUUCUAGUGGCAGAUCCAAGGGUGACGACGAUAAACCCCCGUAUGAAGGUGAUGAGUGUGGAAGCUUAGGGUCUCCAUUUUACAAAGGCGAGUCACUGCUUGAAAAAAGCUCUUUGGAGUGGAGGGAUACUAAUGAGCUCACGCCAGAAGAGGAAAACUUCACCAUGGUUGAGUUUUCAGGUGAAUUGAUCAACAAGUUUUUGAACAAUAAUCGCAGUCAGUUAACUGUUACUGGACUCUCGUACUUGCAAGAACAAGUUAAAGAAGAUGAACUUUGUGUUUUCUUCCGAAACAAUCACUUUCUAACCAUGCUGAAGUAUGAUGGUGAACUCUAUCAAUUGGUUACUGAUCAAGGCUAUCUGACGCAGCAAGACUUGGUUUGGGAAAAAUUGAACAAGGUUAAAGGGGAUUCUGUCUUCAUGACUGGUGACUUCAAGGUCUUCAAGAGCGACGAGGGCAAGAGUCGAAAAUGGAAUCAAAAGCACGCAAUUAGUAAUACUGCGGAUUAUAUUUUCAGCAUCAACAAGAGCUCAUCGGAAGAAGGCAUGGAGAUAGAUACCGAUCUGGAAAUGGCGAUGAUAUUGCAGCAACAAGAGUUGGCAGGAGACAUUUAUUCAGAGGUAUCAAUAAGAAGCAACCAGAGGCCUUCUUCAAUGCAGGAGGAAGUGAAACCUGUAGUCCAAAGAUGGCUAAUAACAAGAAAAGAAACGGAGAAAACCCUAGUUCCUCCUAUAUUAUCGUCUAGGGUUUCGCAACUCAAGAGCAGAACUGGAUUGCUGAAGAAGAAACCAGAUGACUUCGAUCCUGAAACUGUUGGACGGACUGCGAUCACUGAUAUUCUCUGUAACUUGUUGAGAACUGUUAUGGCCACUACUCCGGAAGAUUUAGUCCCUACGGUUUAUCUUGCAGCCAAUGAGAUUGCACCUGCUCAUCAAGGUGUCAAAUUGGGAAUUGGCACUGAUUCCAUCAUCAAGGCUAUCUCUCAAGCUUUUGGUAGAACCGAGUCUCACGUUAAGAAGCUCAAUACGGAACUGGGAGACUUGGGGCUUGUAGCAAAAGGGAGCCGUUCGUCUCAGACUAUGAUUUUCAUGCCCAAACCAUUGACUGUUGUCAAGGUUACCGACACACUUCGCCAAAUUGCAAAGAUUAUUAUUGCUUAUUGGCGGGAAUCUGGAAAAGAUUGUGAACCUCUUUACUUAACUCGUUUACUCGAGGAAAAGUUGCGGUUAGGGUUCUCGCGUCAAACUGUUUUAGCUGCCUUGGGACAAGCCGAUGAAGACCACUCUAAGCCACCCCCAAAUACCAAGAAUCCUUUAGAUGAGGCGGCUAAGAUUGUUAAAGAAGUAUACUCUGUACUUCCUGACUAUGACAUUAUUGCUGCUUCUCUUCUAACUAGUGGUGUGUGGAAUCUUCCUAAAACUUGUACACUUACACUAAGCUUUCCGGUCUUACCAAUGCUUGCAAAAGCAGUUACAAGUUUAAGUUUGGUACUUGAUAAAUUUGAGGACACUGUUUUCACAUGCGAAUACAAAUAUGAUGGUGAACGUGCACAGAUACAUUAUAUGGAGGAUGGUACAUUCGAGAUAUUCAGUAAACAUGCUGAAAGAAACACUAGCAAGUACCCUGAUGUUGCUCUUGCCUUAUCAAGUGAAGUAACACUUGUUUGCACUUGCUUCUACCAGAAGCUAUACGAUUCAUUCGAUGAAGAUCCUGGAUAUUUUCAGUUUGCAACUGCUCUAACAUCCAGCAAUGUCGGUGAAAUAGAACAGUUUCUUAAAGCUUCUAUUGACAUUGGUAGCAUUGGGGAUUCUGUGGAUAAGGAAGAAUUCCAGAGCAUUUGUAACAUUGGUAGUGGAUUUUCUGAAGCAGAGCUUCAAGAGCUGUCUUCCAGUCUUUGCUCUAAAGUGAUUGCUACUCCAAAAGUGUGGGAAGUGAAAGCAGCUGACUUGACGAUUAGCAACAUCAUCAUUGUGCAGCUAUCGGAAUCGUGGACCCUGAUAAGGGGAUUUCCUCGUCUUGUCCGUGUAGCCAGAGGAAGCAACAUCAUCGGAUCAGAUUGCUGA